CAUUGCAGCUCAUACCACUUCCCUCUCAUAGUCUCUUCUUCCAUUUCCCUCUUCCAACCAUCUGCCUCCACCAUCCAUCCAUCCAUCCAUCCUCAUGGCGAGUGAGCACCACCUGAUCGAGAUUGCGGCCUCCCAGAUCGGCUGCCAGAUGAGUUUUAGGCGUUCAUGCUGGUCUUCCAACAUAGGAGGCUGUCGCUGCGACUGUGACUACACUAAUUCCUCUGCUGGUACGGUGUCCCUUAUCCUCCGCCUUUCUUCCGGCAACACCCGUGCGCCCCUCAACGCACGGUUCAAGUUCAGCCUACUCGACCGCGAAGUCCGACCGGUGCCUUGCAGGACUCGAGCCUGCUCGUUCCAGAACUGGUCACCCCACGAGGGCUGGGAGUGGGUCUGUUCUGACUUCAUCACCAGGGAAGACUUGGAUCGCCAGAAGUAUCUCGACGAUGGCUCCUUCACCGUCAGCUGCGACAUCGCUAUCAAGCCCUUCACGGCAAAGGCCACCGAUGCAUUUGUUACGGUGCCCCCUUCUGAUCUGCACCAGCACCUCGGCAACCUGCUGGCGUGCGAAGAUGGCACGGACGUGACCUUCAAGGUAGCAGGAGGAGGCGGCACUGGCACGUUCUCUGCGCACCGGUGCGUUCUCGCGGCGCGGUCACCGGUGUUCCGGGCACAGCUCUUCGGUGAAAUGAAGGAGGGCAAGGAGGCCGCCACAGGCGGUGUUGUCAUAGCUGUUGACGACAUGGAAGCACACGUGUUCAGAUCCCUCCUUCACUUCGUCUACACCGACUCGUUGACGGAGACCGAUGAGGAGUUGGAGCAACAUGAUGGUGACGGAUACAUGAUGACGGCGCACUACAAGGAUCUUCUUGUCGCGGCCGACAGGUAUGGCCUCGAGAGGAUGAAGCUGAUUUGCCAGGAGAAGCUGUGCAGGCGCAUACGUGCAGACUCCGUGGCGAGGAUGCUGGCUUUAGCUGACCGGCACCACUGCCCCGGUCUGAAGGAAGCGUGCUUCGAUUUCCUCAGUUCUAGCACCAAUCUUGAGGAGUUCAUCGAAACAGAUGGAUUUGAGGAGCUAACCGAUACCUGCCCUGCUGUUCUCAAGGGGUUGCUUGACAAGCUUGCUACCGUAUUGAUCUUCGAGUAACCAUGGGCGGCAAUGAUUCCAGUUUCAUAGAAGGGUAAUCAACUUGUUUUUUCUUCUUCUUGUAUUGGGACACUUAUUUCCGUAGGCACUGCUCUGAAAGGUGCGACCUCUGCUGCUGUAUUUCCGGUGUCCUUUGUACCCUCCUGUGUGUGGAAAGUUUAAAUAAACCACUUCGCCACUGGCCUUCAAUGGAUUGCAAGUUGAAAUGUC